AUGCUGUACGGCGACUUUGGCCCCGCGACGUCGCCCAGCGGCCUGCCCUCGCACGACGACUUUGCGCGGGCGUUCUGGGUUUCGACCAAGCAGAACGGCAUCUGGCAGACGUGGGCCCCACGCUGGACCAUGUUCAGCAGGGGCAACGUCAAGGAAAAGGCCCGCCUCCUCGCCUUUCACGACGAGACCGCCACGGCGGCUUUUCCCCACCGCGCCUCCGUCUCGCUUCCUUCGGGCACGGGCUCGACGGCAGCGGCGCCGUGGGCCGUCGACAUGUACGCGGGCAUCGGCUACUUUACCUUUUCGUACGCCCGGCUCGGCAUGCGCGUCCUCUGCUGGGAGCUCAACCCCUGGAGCGUCGAGGCGCUGCGGCGCGGCGCCGUGGCCAACGGCUGGGGCGACGUGCACGUGGCGCGCGGCCACGACCUGCUGCGACCGACGCAGGAGCUCGUGCCGGCGGGGGCGAGGAUCGUCGUGUUCCUCGAGGACAACGGCGAGGCGGCGCGGCGGAUCGCGGCGUGGCGGUCGAGAGACGCCCUCGACGUGCUGCACAUCAACUGCGGGCUGCUGCCGACGAGCGAGGCGACGUGGCGGCCGUGCUGGGAGAUUGUGGCACGGGGCGCGGCGCCGGCGAGCUGGCUGCACCUGCACGACAAUGUCGCCACGGGGGAUAUUGAGGCACGGCGCGCCGACAUACAGAGCCGGUUCGACGGCUGGGUGCGGGACGAGGGGGGCGCCGAGGGCGAGGGCGUCACGGCGCGCGAGGCGCGGGUCGAGCACGUGGAGCUCGUCAAGACGUACGCGCCCGACGUGUGGCACUGCGUCUUUGAUGUGUGUAUUCUUACAAAACGUACAUGA